UUGUAUUACAGCUGCCUUUCUCUGACGGGGCAAUCAACAGGGGAAGUAAACAGAAAAUCCAAACCUCUGAGUUCUGAAGUCAGAUGCACAGACGGCUGGCUCUGUUGCAUGAAAGAAAUGGACUCUGCUCCGACCAUUGGGGAGUUCUUCAGGACGCUAUGCGAAAUGGGCUUCAGCGAGGCGCAGAUCCAGGCCGCUGUGCAGGCGGGGCACUUCUCUGUGCACGAGGCUGCAGAGUGGCUAUUGCAAGGUGGAAGUCCAAGGCACAAGCUUGUUAAGCAGUCUUCCCAGCCACUUCAAACCGCCUUCUCUGCUUUCAACCCUCCCAUAGGCCAUGAUACUCAGACCUCUGCAGGCUCAUCGCAGUCUGUGCCACAUGACUCCCACGGUGAAGGUACAGCUUCCCCCCCUCCCUUGGAGUCGCGUAUAAAGCAGGAUAAGAACGACUUCCAGGAGCAGCAGAGGCAUCGCGUGGCACAGGAGGCCAGAGCUGAGAAGAGACAGAAGAAGCAGGAGAGGGAGCUGGUGCUGAAGCGGAUUGCAGAGGACAGGCGGAGCCUGCAGCAGAAGGCCCAGCCCGCUGGCCAGUCAGAACCCUCUCCCUCUCCCGCUGAGGGCCAGAGGCUGGGGGGCAGGGUGCAGACCAGUGUGGACAACCACUGCGUCCUCAUGAUCCGGCUGCCCUCCGGGGAGUCCAUGCGGGAGCGCUUCCCCGCCGACGCGCCCCUGCGGCGCGUGGUGGAGCACAUCUCCGGCCGCCACCCGUCCCUGCCCUCCUUCUCCCUCCUCCAGGGCUUCCCGCGCAAGCGCUUCGGCGAGGCCGAGCUGGCCUGCUCGCUCCACUCCCUGGGCCUCACGCCCAACGCCGCCCUGUGCAUCCAGACCACCCCUCCGGAGACGCCCCAGGACCCUCCCAGCCCCGCCGCCCCGCCGGGCUGGGGCCGGCAGGAGGCGGCCGGCCCCGGCGGCUCGCCCGCGCAUCAGAACAACGCCGCCGGGGAAGAGGAGGCCGAGGAGCCCGCUCUGCCCCCGCCUCUGCCCCAGCAGCUUUGGGAGGAGGCGGUGGGGUACGCCGGGAUCCCCGGGGUGGGUCCGCCGCUGUCCGGCCCCUCACAUUUCUGGGGGCGGGGCCAGAAGCUGGUGGCGGGCGGAGUGGAAGAGGCGUCCAGCUCUGAUGAGGAAGCUCCAUUAGAGGAGGGGAACGAAGAGCAAAACCUCCCUUUUCCUGCAGGUCUUCCCCGGCUGCCCUUCUUCCCAGACAACCGAGCCCGGGGACCGAUGGAUCCCGGCCACCGCUGGCCAAACCAGGGCAACAGACUCAGGGAGGGGGCGCCAGAGGAAGUGCUGGCGCCUGAAGAGAGGCGGGUGGCCCCAGGGGCAGCAGGGCAGGCCGCCGUGGAGCGCCUCCAAAGAGCGGCUCGCCACGACGACCCCUCGGGCACCACGGGGCAGCCGUCUCCCCCGAAGAAGGCCUUCAGGACUCCCAGUGUACCCUCUCUCUGCGUCAUGGCGACCCGAGCCACUGUCACCCUCAUGACAGCUCCCAGCAUGCAGUACAGCAGCAGCCUCUCCUGCCUGACCCCGGAGCUGGCCGAGCUCCUUCUCAACCACAUGUCCCGCGAGAGACUCCUGCGCCCACGCACUCUGGAGCUCUUCUUCGGCUGCCCGCUCCAGAAGUUUGUCCUCAACUGCUACCCGUACUCCACAAACGAGCUGCUCCGCCAGCUGAGAGCCUUCACAGCCCUGAAGCACCUGAGCCUGGUCAACUCGCCUCUCAUCACAGACUCGGGCCUAUCUGUUCUUUCCAGCCUACAGAAACUCCAGCACCUAAACUUGGCCUCAUGCAGCAAGCUAACGGACUCCUGCCUGCAGCACAUCACAGGUCUGAAGUCCCUCUCCUUCCUGUUGCUGGACCAUACCAAAGUGAGUGACGCGGGGAUGGUGAAGUUCCUCCGGUCGGCGCCCUCAUCUCUCACCCAGCUGAGCCUGAACCAGACGGGCGUGAGCGAGCUGACCCUGGCCGCUCUGCCCGUCAGCGUGCCGCAGCUGCGUCUCCUCAGCAUCAAACACACCCAGGUUGGGGACGUGUCGCCCCUGGCUGAGCUGCUCAGCCUGCAGACGCUGUACCUGGAUGGGACGGGAGUGACCGAGGGGUCUUUAGCGCACCUGGCGACCCACCCGACCCUGUCUUCCCUCAGCCUGGCUGGCAUCCCCGUCGCCGACGGCAACCAUGCCCUCCAGAUCAUCUCAGACCUGAGGCUGACCCAGCUGACCCUGCCGGGGAGACACUGCGUGACAAACAGCGGGCUGGGCUUCCUGUCCCGAUUGUCCCUGCUCUCCGAGCUGGACCUGACCGACUACACACACGUCACUGACCAGGGCACUGCCCACCUCGCCUCCAUGACCAGGCUGAAGAAGCUGUCCCUUAGCAACACGAUGGUGACGGACAGGGGUCUGCUUCCCCUGUGCAGCCUGCAGGAGCUGCUGGAGCUCUGCUUAGACCGCACAGCCGUCACCAGCCGAGGCGUGGCUGCCUGUGUCACCUGCCUGCCGCAGCUGCAGGUCUUGGGCCUGGCCAGCACUCAAGUGGGUGACUCGGUGGUGAGGAGGGGCCUGCUCCACUGCAAGCAGCUGGUCAAACUGAACCUGAGCCGCACACGGAUCACUGACCACGGUCUGAAGUUCCUGCGGCAGAUGGCCUUGAGCCAGGUGAACCUGGACUGGACCGGGGUGACCCUGUCGGGAUUUGCCGCCUUUGUCUCCGCGUGCCCUCACAUUGCCAGCAUCCGAGCGAGCCACACCCGGGCCAUCCCCCCGGAUCAGGUCUCCGACGACGACGCCGACGCCGACGAGGGCGGCGGCCUCCGGCCCUGAGCCGGCCCCCGAGACCACGUCGUCACGGCGACGGGGUGCUGGAGCCAGCGGUCUAGGUUGCACUGAAUGAACGGAGCCCUCACGGCACAGAGACGAACCGUGCUACUCCUGUAGAUUAAACCCCCCUAUUGAGCACCAAUGCAAGUGUACUAUUAUAGUCUAUGGUGAAUAGAAGUCGAUUAAGACUUGUCCGUUCCACAGAACGUGAAAAUGUCUACGGUAUUCCCCAAUUGCGCCGGAGCAUGCAUCCAUCCUUAUGCUGACAUAUCCCAUUAUUUUCGUAUGCAUAAAGUAUCUGCACUAGCAUUGUAUAUAACCUCUCUAAAAUCUCGUGAAUGGGAAGUUUGCAUUCUAUUAAUUGCUUGCAAAAACAGGCCACUGGCCUAUGUCGGACAGGGCCUGGAACUACCAAAAAUUUAACGAUACGUUAAUAUGGGACUGGAUACUAAUAAGUUAAUGUUAAAAAAGAAAUGUUGAUUUUGUAGAUGUAAAUGACGCUUACUGCUCGUACAAUCUGUUCAGAUGGAAGACGGGUUUCCUAUAAAAGGGUCUGAAGUACAAGAUGAUUAUAAUGUUGACACUUUCGUGUCUUUAGUCUUUGUUACUGCUAAGAAUUGUCUAAUAUUGUUUGGCUGUGCCAGUUACGAAUUUGAUUCAAUUUGAGCAAUGCACAUACCAGAGAGGGUGAAAGUGUUGGCCUGACUCUGGAAUUUAAAAAGAAUCUUUCAUCCAUGGUUACACAUGGAAUUAAUCCUGUGUUGUUUUUUUGUAGGUAGUUAGUUGAUGGUUUUAGAGUGACCUGAAACACACUUUUGUUAUUGGCUUAGAAAGUGUUUCAUUGGGUUUUUUUAUUUUUUAUUAUUUCAACAGAAAAUGUAAUCGCUGUAUACACCACCAAUCACAGGUCAAAUUUUUAGUUAGGCUACCGAAAUUAAUAUUUCUGAUAGCUUAUAGUAAUCGCACAUGCAGUGGUGUUGCACUGCAAGCACUAAACCCUGUAAAGGGAGUCAUUUUAAUAGUUAAGAUACAACAUGUUGCAUUUAACUUUGAGGAUGUACCAAUUUGCAAAUAAUACAGUGAGUCACUGUUCCUGAAAAAAUGGAAAAGGGGCAAGGGACCAACAAUUGGUGUAUCUUUUCUAAUUAGCCUCCCCGUUUUGGAAUAAAACUAGCUUGUUUUAUAAUUUUCAAUUAUCUGAAGUGGUGUCUGGUUGAGAUGCUUUUCUGGUGCUUAACUGGCCAACCUCUGCAGAAGAUACAGUAUCUGAUCCAAUCAGCACCUUGCACUUUGUGAUGAAGCUUGCUGUGCUCCCAUUGGCUGUAAAUGUAGGUAAGCAUGACACCCUUUUCCUGAAGCACCCACUGUAAAGAGUAGGCUCAUAACUACAUACUUGGGUACAACAGUACCAUGCCAAAGCUGGCAACUCUUAUUAGUUUGAAACAUAUGUAGUUUUGCCUCUUAUGUUGUACUGCACUGAGAUGUAAAGUACGGUUUAUUUUUCAAAAUAUGUACUGGAACAACUGAAGUGCACUGCACAUGGAAAAUGCUUAUUAAAAAAUACAUUUUGAACUUCUCAAA